AAUUCGGGAAACAUCGACUGGAACUGACUCCGUCGGUACCCGUGGAUAGCUGCUUUAUCAGCCGCUUGGGUGAUAUUCUCCAGCGAUGGUGCAAUAUCCGCCAGACCCGAUUUUGAGGCCUGAUGGCGUCAGCCUAUCCCAAUUAUAAAGGCACAGAGGAGGUGACUCCUUCUGUCUUCGUAUAAACAGAGCUUGUUCACCUUUUAUCUAGUACCCUUAUAUUUGUUAAUAUUACUUCCCUAUCUAAUCACAUUCUCAUCAAGACCAUAUCUACAGAACUCAGCAUAUACAGUCAACACUCUUCGGUAUACAGAGUACCAUGGCGCCAUCACUAGCGGAGCCCGUGCUAUCCCAAUCGGUGGGCCAUAUUCCCGUGGUUAAGAAAGACUCUAUACAUGAUAACAAGUUUGGUUACCAACCCGGCCGAACGGUUGUCCAGAGCCACGACAAUUAUCAGUAUCAGGACCUCCUACCUUCGUUCCCUGAUCUCCAUUGGCCUCCUCUAGAGGAAACACCAUAUGAAGACAGAGGCCUAUACGGGGACGCUAAGUUCCGGAACCUACUUCAGGAUGCAACAGACGUCUUCGAUUAUACACCCAAGAUCGGAACUGAGAUCCAUGGAGUGAAUCUGGCAAAGUUGAGUGACGCACAAAAGGACGACUUGGCUCGCUUGGUAGCCGUCCGUGGCGUUGUUUUCUUCCGGGGACAGGAUGACCUGGAUAUUGAUGCCCAGCGAGAGUUAGGUCGCCAUUUCGGAAAGCUACACAAGCAUGCGACCACAUCUGUCCCGAGAAAAGGGGGUCUGGAAGAUGUCCACGUUGUAUAUACUGGAGAUAACUCCACUGACCAGCGAGCAAUGUUCACGCCUAGCUUCCUCUGGCACUCAGAUGUCACAUACGAGGUUCAACCUCCAUCCUACACAUCGCUCAAGGUUCUGACGGGGCCACCAAGGGGAGGUGGUGGUGAUACACUUUGGUCAUCUCAGUAUGCGGCGUAUGACGCACUGUCUCCCCAUAUGCAGACAUAUCUUAAGGGCCUGACUGCCCUACACUCUGCGGAUAUGCAGGCUUCGGAUUCGCGUGCACUUGGUCGGAGUGUCCGUCGCGAGCCGGUCACCACGGAACACCCUCUCAUCAGAACAAACCCUGUUACUGGCUGGAACAGUGUAUUUUUCAACCCUGGGUUCGUCACUAAGAUUGUCGGGAUUCCCAAGACGGAGAGCGAUGCUAUCAUCGCAUAUCUCACCGAGGUUAUUGCGACGACACAAGAGAUGCAUGCUCGGUUUCAGUGGAACAAGAACGAUGUUGCGAUAUGGGACAAUCGAACAACCAACCAUACGGCCUCUUACGGAUUUGCACCUCACCGCCGUCAUGCUGUCCGGGUUUGCUGUCAUGCGGAGCGCCCUGUGUUGGAUCCGGCAGGAAAAUCGCAAGAAGAAGAGUUCAAUGCUCUAUACAACCUGCCCCCUGUCAACAAGGAUGGCUCCCGGCAGUCCAACUACAACGAUUGAUUGGGCCUAUAUUCUGAUUUCUUAGCGAUAUAUUGUGGAUUUUUGAGGCUAGCGGGUUUCGGGUUUUAGCAAUCAUACAGCGAUCUCAGACGAAGACCUGAGAGCUGGCUCUCAGAAAUUCAGAGUCAAUCAGCAUACAUAGCGUCCG